CUCAGAUUGAAACCCCUACACUUUGACACAAUAAUCACCACCCUUACCUACCUACCUAGGUAGGUUGGUAGGGAUCUUAGUUGCAAGGCGAACAAGCCCUAGUGGACGUUCUUACCGGUGUGGUAAAUACACUGGUAAGGUAUUCUCUCUUCGUUUGAAAAGACGCUGUCCCAUGGAAAGCCAGCCCUCCUUCUAUACCUACUGUGUCCCCCACAAUCCUUCCAAGGUCACCCUUGUCUCGCACUACUGGUACAGUUACCCUGGUAGCUGUAGACAAGGUUAUAGGUUCAAGAAACAUACCUUAGCAUUGAUGUAAAGCACGCAAUAUUUGCCAAUGGUCGAACCAUGUGGUCAGGUGAAAGUGACCACGUCGCAGCACUGGACGAACAGCAAAACACCUAAUGUUUCCCUCUAAAUGAACGGUCGCCAGCCUCUCAGAAUGUUAUCUUCAUGCCGCGCUUGGGCAAUGCAGUGUAGAGGGUCCACGACCAUAUCUUGACGAUCCCACAAAGCCCGAUUGCACCAUCUAUGCUUGUCUGCCCCGACUGACAUGAAUUCGGCCGGCUGUUGCCUUUGACACCGACCAAUCCCCUGUUCUAGUGGCACGGUUGGUGUGGGAAAAAAGAAAGUCCAAAAGAAUGCUCACCCGUCGGACAGCGCUAGACUUGGGCAGUAUAGCCUGUUUUCCGCAUGCACGUCAACAUGUAGCUUGCUUGCAGGCUUGUGAGACUCUGACGGUAUGAUGUCCUCGAACGGCCCGACAAUGAAGACCUCACGCCGAAGCGUGCUGUCUCGGGACAGGCUGUCUGGGCAGGUCAUGACCAAGAGAUCCGAGCCGGUAUGAGUCGUGAUCCAUACUCAUGUCCAGCAGUGGUAGGAAGGCUCCUCAGUACGAUCGUUCUCAAUCUUGGUCGUGGCGCGGAGAUCCUCCGAACCCCGCAUUUUCAGAUGCUGUACAGACCACGGUUUUGUAUCAUCGCCACGAUCCAGGAUGUCUGAACAUUGUGGCAAAGAACCUUUUCUACUACGGCCUGCAUAGGAGAGUCUCCGACGGGUCGAGCAUUUCAUUCCUCGCAAAAGGCGUUCAACCGAGCCAGUAAGGGCAAGGCUAUGUGACACAUGGGAACCUCCGGCCUGGGGAUCAGGCGUUGGGGAAGGCUAGAAACAGCACUACGUCUGGUAGACAGCAUACCUUAAAGCGUCCACCACCGGCAAUGACAAGAGUGUGGGGCAGCAGAGCAGGCAGUCAAUCAGAUGACAAUGAGGCUAGAUGCCAGAGCUGGUGGUACAGCAGUACAUCAAACAGAGCGGUGAGCCUUGAGCAGCAAAUGUAUCAGAACAACAACUCGAUGACUUGCCAAACUUUUCGGAAAAGAGAGCGGGUGUGCUUAGCGAGCAAUGCAGCCAUGUAUCCGCGACGCUUUCAAGCAGGGUUUGUAGGCUUGUGCCACAUCAGAACGCCGCUUCGGAGCUGGAAAGUGAUUCAAGUAUGUCGCAACCUGCAGGCUGCAGGCUGUAGCGACGCAGGGUAUAAGCGCACUUAAGAAGCUCCAGCAAAAGCUUCUCGGUGAGUCGGAGGGCUUGCGAUGCCGGCAUAUGUCCUUUGAGGCUCUCAGCGAAGACCUACCUAGCUAGCUUUUCAGUCGAGAGAGGCUUGCAUUUGAUGCACGAAAAACUCGAAUGGAUACUGAUUUGUACAUCGUACUGUAAAACUGUGGCAGGCAGAUGAAG